AUGGCGUAUUACAACCUUCUUCAGCUGAUUUUAUUUGCGAGCUUCUUUGCUAUUUUUGUUCUUCUUGUUCGUGCUCAAGAUCAAUCAGGUUUUGUCAGUAUAGAUUGUGGUAUACCAAAGGAUUCAAGUUAUAAUGAUGAAACAACAGACAUAAAGUACAUUUCAGAUGCUGCAUUUGUCGAGUCUGGGACAAUUCAUAGCAUAGAUUCUAAGUUUCAGUCGAGUUCUCUUGAAAAGCAGUUCCAAAACGUUAGGAGUUUUCCUGAAGGCAAGAGAAACUGUUACGAUGUCCAGCCUCCGCGAGGAGUAGGCUUCAAGUAUUUGAUCAGAACCCGUUUCAUGUACGGUAACUACGAUGAUCUAGGGAAAGCACCCGAGUUCGAUCUUUAUCUUGGAGUCAAUCUCUGGGAUUCUGUUACCAUAGAUAAUGCAACUAUGAUUGUUACCAAAGAGAUCAUCCACACUCUUCGGUCAGACCAUGUUCAUGUGUGUCUUGUUGAUAAAGAUAAAGGCACUCCAUUCUUGUCUGUGCUAGAACUCAGGCUCUUGAAGAGCGACAUUUAUGUGAAUCCUUAUGAUUCUAUUAUGCUGUAUCGAAGAUGGGAUCUCGGGGCACUUGGAGACCUUCCUAUCAGGUACAAAGAUGAUGUGUAUGACCGUAUAUGGAUGCCUCUAAGGUUCUCAAAUCAUAGAGUUUUCAGUACAAACCUCACAAUAGAUUCGAAUAUUAACAACGGAUUCCAGCCUGCUCGUGUCGUCAUGAACACUGCUACAACAAAUUUGAAUGCAAGCAUAGACAUAAUUCUCAUAUGGGAACCGCCUGUCCCGCAGUGGAAGUUCUAUAUGUACAUGCAUUUUUCUGAAGUUCAAGACAUCCCUAGCAACGAGACGAGAGAAUUUGCGUUGUUUUGGAAUGAAAAAACUAAACUGUAUGAUAACUUUAGCCCUCGCUUCUUGUAUACAGACACACUUUACACUCAGAAUCCUGUAACCGGACCCAGACACGAGUUUCUUCUCCAACGAACUGCUAAAUCUACUCUUCCACCCAUUGUUAACGCCAUUGAGACGUAUCGUGUCAAUGAGUUUCUGCAGUCACCUACUGAUCAACAAGAUGUUGAUCCAAUCAUGAGAAUCAAGUCCAAGUAUGGAGUGAAGAAGAGCUGGCUUGGAGACCCUUGUGCUCCUGUAAACUACCCGUGGGAGGAUAUUAACUGCAGCUACGUCGAUAAUGAGUCUCCGAGAAUAAUUUCUGUGAAUUUAUCUUCAAGUGGCUUGACUGGAGAGAUUGAUCCAGCGUUCUCCAACCUUACAUUGUUACAUAUACUGGACUUAUCAAACAACAGUUUAACAGGAAAUAUACCUGAUUUCCUCGGUAAUCUACAUAACUUGACAGAGUUAAACUUGGAAGGAAACAAGUUGACGGGUGUUGUUCCGGUUAAACUACUUGAAAGAUCAAACGCUAAUAUGCUUAAGCUAAGAGUUGGUGGGAAUCCUGACCUCUGCGUGUCUGCUUCAUGUCAAAUUCCAAAUGAGAAGGCAAAAAAGAGUGUAUAUAUCAUUCCAUUAGUAGCAUCUGUAGCGGGAGUGCUUGGUCUUGUGAUAGCAAUAGCUUUGUUCUUACAGUAUAAGAAGAGACAUCGUAGCGGCAGUUCUGGUGGUGUUAGGACUGGGCCAUUGGACACAACGAAGCGAUACUACAAAUACUCAGAAGUUGUGAGACUUACAAACAACUUUGAGAGAGUUCUUGGACAAGGAGGUUUCGGAAAAGUAUAUCAUGGUGUCUUAAAUGAUGACCAAGUCGCUGUCAAGAUUCUCUCUGAAUCAUCGGCUCAAGGAUACAAAGAGUUCAGAGCCGAGGUCGAACUUCUCUUGAGAGUUCAUCACAAGAACCUAACCGCUCUUGUCGGAUACUGCAAUGAAGGCAAGAAGAUGGCCCUUAUCUAUGAGUUUAUGGCUAAUGGAACUUUGGGAGAUUACUUGUCAGGUAAAAAAUCUCAUGUCUUGAGCUGGGAGGAGAGGUUACAAAUAUCAUUAGACGCAGCACAAGGGCUUGAGUAUCUUCACAAUGGAUGUAAACCUCCCAUUGUACAAAGAGAUGUGAAACCAGCUAAUAUUCUAAUCAACGAGAAGCUCCAAGCCAAGAUUGCUGACUUUGGGUUAUCUAGAAGUGUCGCACUGGACGGUAAUAACCAGGAUACAACCGCUGUUGCUGGAACAAUCGGUUAUCUCGAUCCCGAGUACCAUUCGACGCAGAAAUUAAGCGAGAAGAGUGAUGUUUACAGCUUCGGGGUAGUUCUUUUAGAGGUUGUCACUGGCCAACCAGUGAUUGCACGUUCAAGAACAACAGCAGAGAACAUACACAUAACUGACCGGGUGGAGUCACUGCUGUCGACAGGAGAUAUUAGAGGCAUUUUGGAUCCAAAGCUAGGAGAGAGGUUUGAUGCUGGUUCGGCAUGGAAGAUCACUGAAGUAGCAAUGGCUUGUGCAUCUCCCAGUUCCAAGAAUAGACCAACGAUGAGUCAGGUAGUCGCUGAGCUGAAGAAGAGUGUAAGCAGAGCAAGAGCAGGUGGUGGUUCUGGCGCUAGUAGUGUUACAGAGCCAGCAAUGACAAAUUUUGAUUCGGGAAUGUUUCCUCAAGCAAGGUAAAUGGUUUCUUGGAUUCAUCUGUUUCUUAUUUCCAGAAACUGGGAAGUUGUGUAUUGUUUGGAGUGUA